CCAACACCCAACAUUUCCUCUCAGACAGCUUUCAGUAGGAGCUCAGUGAUGCAAACUCUCCUCGCAGAGACACGACUAAACGCACAAUGAGGAGCCUCGCUUUGCUAACAGCUUUCCUUCUCUGCAGACUCAGCUGGAUCUCUGUGUGGGGAUCUGAGUCUCAGACUGUGGAGGCUCGGCCCGAUGAAGAAGUCACACUGCUGUGCUCCAACAUUUCCGUCCAUCCGACUCAGACAGACUGGUUCAGGCUGAGCGGCAGAACCAAACCCCACUGCAUCUCCUCUAUGUACACGUCUGAUGGCAAAGCUUCACUCUGUGACGGAAUUCAAAACGGAAAAUUUCAAAUGAGCUCCAACGGCAGCUCAGUUUUUCUGAAAAUCCAGCCAGUGGAUUUCUCUGACUCUGGACUGUAUUUCUGUGGAUUUUACAUCGGCGGACACACGGUCAUUGUCACUGCAACGCAUUUAAACGUUCAAGGUGAUGGUGAAUCUGAUGAUGAAGAUGAUUUUAACAGUGAAAUCGAGGAGCCUGUUGGAUUGACAAACCUCAUGAGUGUGAGCCUGGUCGCUCUGACUGUUCUCCUCACUGUAGUCAUCAUUGUUCUGGCUGGUAAAAUCAGGAACCUUCAGACAGCUGUGAAUGAAGAAGCACAGUCAGAGAGAAACAAGAAUCUGCGCUCCGAUAAUGUGAAGUUCCUUCCAAAGACAACAAGAAGCAGGAGGCCUGCGUCAGAGGGAGGAGUGGAGACUCACGUUAUUUAUGCUGCCUGCAGAUAAACUGCAGCUCUGUGCAGAACUUCUGCUUCAUCACAUGAAUCUGCUGUUCUGCUUUUCUGUGUGGACACGGCUGUGUGGUCUUGUACCCCCUCCAUCUUCCACUGUGGCCAAACACUGUGUGCAGAGCGGAAGCCACAGGAAGACUGGCCUUCAGCUCUCUGCAGUGAAACCACAAGCAACAAAAGCUGCACUGCUUCUCCACCGUCACUUUACGUCUUUUUCUGAAAAUGUGAAGAUGGUGUAACCCGAGUGUCACCUUCUUUACUGACCAGUUUUCUCACACUCGUUUCGUUCUUUCUCCUUCACACAUCAGCAGCCUGCUUGCAGAAAAGAUGCUUUGUGCAGCCAGAUGACCGAGAGUUCUUCCUUAAACUGAGAUACCUGCAGUACAGCUCAACACAUACUGAACCUGAGAAAACAUCUGGAUUGCACU